GGGCCAGUGCUCUCCCGCCACCUGGUCACUCUAGAUAGUCUCCAGAAAAUUAACCAGCCGCCUGAUAAAAAUUAAAAGUUAUUAAAUCGCAACAAAACCGCAGCAAAGUGUGCACAAUGAGCGAGCAGAAAACGAGUAGGAGUGGGCCAGCGUCCGCGGCGCGACAGCAAAUCGAGGCGGAGUACAAGGAAAAACGGGCGGGAUGGCAUCGCUUCUACAAGGAAAUUUGCGAGUGCUGCGACAGGGAGGCGAAGGAGAAGCUAUUCACCACAUUGGAAUCGGAGCGUCACGCGAACCGCGGCCUGAAUCGCUAUCGGGAUGUGAACCCGUACGACCAUUCCCGCAUUGUUCUGAAGCGCGGCAGCGUGGACUACAUCAAUGCCAACCUGGUUCAGCUGGAGCGCGCCGAGCGUCAGUACAUCCUGACCCAGGGACCGCUGGUGGACACAGUGGGCCACUUCUGGCUGAUGGUCUGGGAGCAGAAGUCCCGGGGGAUCCUCAUGCUCAACAAGCUGAUGGAGAAGAAGCAGAUCAAAUGCCACCUCUACUGGCCCAACGAGAUGGGAGCCGACAAGGCCCUUAAGCUUCCAAAUGUCAAGCUCACCGUGGAGCUCAUCCGCUGCGAGACCUACCAGAACUUUGUGCGGCGGUGGUUCAAACUAACCGAUCUCGAAACACAGCAGAGUCGCGAGGUGAUGCAGUUCCACUACACGACAUGGCCGGACUUCGGCAUUCCCAGCUCGCCGAACGCAUUCCUCAAGUUCUUGCAGCAGGUGCGCGACUCCGACUGCCUCAGCCGCGACGUGGGUCCCGCCGUGGUGCACUGCAGCGCCGGCAUCGGGCGCUCGGGCACCUUCUGCCUGGUGGACUGCUGCCUGGUCCUGAUCGACAAGUACGGCGAGUGCAAUGUGUCCAAGGUGCUCUGCGAGCUGCGCAGCUACCGCAUGGGCCUGAUCCAAACGGCCGACCAGCUGGACUUCUCCUACCAGGCGAUCAUCGAGGGCAUCACGAAGCUGCACGAUCCCACCUUUCUCGACGCUGAGGAACCCAUCAUCGCAAACGACACAGACACCCACACACUGGAUGAACAGCCGCCGCCGCUGCCGCCUCGCGUUCAAUCGCUUAACCUGCCGCUGGCCCCCAACUCCGGUGGCAUACUAUCGCUCAAUAUGCGCGCCGCCCAGGCCAAUGGAGCUGCAGACAAUGCUGGCGACAAGCUGAGCAAGGAUGCCCUCAACAACUUCAUCAAUCAGCACGACAUGCUGCCCUACUCCGAGGUGGCCGACAGACGUCCCUUGCCGCCGAUUCCCACGAGAGCUUUGAACGAAUCGGACAGCGAUGAGGAUUACUUGCUAGACGACGACGAGGAGGACGAUACAGACGAGGACGAGGAGUACGAGACCAUUAACGAGCACGACGCCGAACCAGUUAAUGGCCAUGUACCUCUGACGACGACACAGCCGCAUGACGACGAUGUGAAUGCCAACAGUGAGAAGCCAUCGGCGCCAGCCGAUGAGCAGCACAAGGCCAACGGCAUCGAUCCAAUUCCUGGCCAGCUCCCAGCCAGUCCCGAGAACGAGCUGAAGCGGCGGAAACGCAACGAGUACCAGGCCAGUCUGGAGCAGAAGGUCAACGACAUCAAGCGGAAGCAGCGGGAGAACGAGGACAGCCAGCUGGCGGCAAAGAAACGAAGGUCAUUACUCACAUAUAUUGCCGCUGGUGUUGUGGUGGGCGUGAUCUGCGCCUACGCAUACACGAAGCUAGGAUAAGUGCCCCCAUUAGCCACUAAGUAGUCGUAGACCAGUAGCGAUAGCUGUAUGACGUAUUUAGUUGCCGUAGGACACUGAUCACCGAUUCCUCCCCCUGAUGACCGAUUUCCGCCGAUCCCUACCACCGAUCCCCACCAGCGCUCGUCCGCCUGGCCUGACCUGGCAUGAUUUGUGGCCACAAAUCGAGGACGACAAGGGACGGAUCGGCAGCGGAUCGGAUCGGAUAGGAUCAGAGAUCGGAUGGAGUCGCAUCGCAAUCGCAACCCACGGAUUGCGGAUGCCGGAUUGAGCUGAACGAACGAUACACGAUGCAUAAAUAUUAGGGAAUUUUUUAUAUAUAUACGAAAAAGAGGAAAACAAAACAAAACACGCAACUAAACUAAACGAGAAUCGGGUAGAAAUCACGUCAAAUGUAGAUUUUGCGCAAUAGACUGACAUUUUAGAACAAAUUUAUUUUCUACACUCUAAAAAUGGAUUCAUAACAGACCAGAAUCCCCCGAAACGAACCACACCAAAUCGCUAAGCUCCCCCUUCUAAUCGCUCGCUAUGCAAUAAAAUUGAUUAUUAUACCUUUUAUAACUACGAUCAACGAUUCAAGCACCCCGACAUCCACCCACACGCUUCACUUGUUGUUGUACAGCAAUUUCUUAUAGCAUACGACCUAUGUAUAUUUAUUUAUGAAGAUUUAUGAGAAACAAACACUUGUUGUAGUACAUGGCAAAAUAUAAAGUGCAGCAAUGUGCCAAAAAGAAACGAAUCGAAACGGAGAAUUGUAUAAAAGCAAAGCCCUUCAUGACUUUUAAUUUUACUUUGCCAACCCGCCCCGUACUAACUUUGAAUUGUUGUGUUUAGAAAUAUUCGUCUUUAAAGAGCACUAUAUUGAAAAAAUCUUAAAAUGCGACGCCAUUAAAGCAAUAAUAUUAAAAAGCAAAAAUAGCACAAAGUACACCUAUAUCUCGUUUACCGCUUGCUCUUUAGAGUUUUAUAAUCAAAAUUAGUUUCAUUUCGUACAUGAAUCGAACCAUCUGAAAUCAAAAAAGUGAUUUUAUUCCAAAUUGUAACCUUGGACUCGGCUAGUUGCAUACUAAAUUAAAUUAACGAAUAUUUUACUGCGUCGCUAAGCGAAGUAUAGGUGUAUGAUUUAAUUGUAAUGCUGGUUUUGCCAGGGCAAAAUCACUUGUAUUCAACAAACGAAGGGAGAAAAGGCGGAAAACUAUUCAAUGGUUUUUCCAGUAGAGUAAGUGUGUAACCCCGAUCCCAAGAAACAUAUUUAUAUAAACGUGUAGCGUGAGAGGACGCAAAAAGUACGACAAGAAUUAUUUUUUAUAUGUGUAACCCACAAUUUAACGAAAAUUCAAGUAACCACCCACGAAGAGAUACGAAAUCGGAUGAGCCAAGGAGGAUAACUAAUAAACGAAAAUACAUAUUUAUAUUAAUUAUAUUUAACAGUAACAAGUAACAACAUGAACAAUACCUAUAGUAAUGCCUAGUUAACUGAACGUCGGCUAAGUACACCAUCCACACACGGAAACGAAUCGAACACCACACAACACAAACCAACACAAGUACUAUAUAUAAUGCCUAUGAGAAAGAAAAGAGAAGUGAGAGAAAGUAUUCAAAUAAAGCUAAUCAUUUAAGACACGAAAA